UCUGACUGUGUGCGCUCUGCUCUCGCUGCUGGAUGUCAGCGAGUCACUGCUGCAGAAUGGAGACGUGAGAAAACAACCUUUUAUUUUCAUGAAAUCACACCCAAGCUGUUCGAGGAACAUUUGUCCCACCCUUUGCUUUGCCUCCACACAUCAUCUCGUCUUUCGCUUUACCUUUUCGAGGUGGCUGCUAACUAGUAAUGGAAGUUCUAUCCGCGUACCUGCUGAUAUGCGUCUGCCUGCGCCUUUCUCUAGCGGCUGAUUGGGAGUUUGUGGAGACUAAUUUUACUCUCCUCGGUGAUGCAAUCGACUACAAGGAUCCCUGUAAAGCUGCUGCCUUUUGGGGAGACAUUGCCCUUGAUGAAGAUGACCUCCGCAUGUUUAAGGACGCACACAGUCAAGUCAGUUUAGAACCAACCAACCACACAGACUCAGGUAACAGCACUGCUUCCUCUAGUCCGAGAGCCGCAGACAGACGAACACUUCAUCGUCUCCGGAGAGCUGCCACUUCCAGACCUGAACGAGUGUGGCCGGAUGGCAUCAUCCCGUAUGUCAUCAGUGGGAAUUUCAGUGGCAGUCAGCGGGCCAUUUUCCGUCAGGCUAUGCGUCACUGGGAGAAACACACCUGUGUAACAUUCACUGAGAGGACGACUGAAGAAAGCUACAUUGUUUUCACCUACAGACCUUGUGGGUGUUGCUCCUACGUGGGCAGGAGAGGUGGCGGCCCUCAAGCCAUCUCUAUAGGAAAGAACUGUGAUAAGUUUGGCAUCGUUGUGCAUGAACUUGGUCAUGUGAUCGGCUUCUGGCACGAGCACACCCGACCGGACCGUGACCAGCAUGUGAGCAUCAUCAGAGACAACAUCCAACCAGGGCAGGAGUAUAACUUCCUGAAGAUGGAGCCAGAUGAGGUGGACUCUCUUGGGGAGGUGUACGACUUUGGCAGCAUCAUGCAUUAUGCAAGGAAUACUUUUUCCAGAGGAAUCUUCUUAGACACAAUCUUGCCCCGUUAUGAUGUCAACGGAGUCAGGCCACCUAUUGGACAGCGGACCAGGCUCAGCAAAGGGGACAUCGCACAAGCACGCAAACUCUACAAGUGUGCAAGGUGUGGGGACAGCCUGCAGGAGAGUUCUGGAAACUUCUCAUCUCCUGGAUUUCCAAACGGAUACUCAGCGUAUGCUCACUGUGUGUGGAGGAUCUCUGUGACCCCCGGAGAGAAGAUUGUAUUAAACUUCACGUCCUUGGACCUCUUCAGGAGCCACCUGUGUUGGUACGACCACGUGGAGGUCCGAGACGGGUUCUGGAGGAAAGCUCCUUUAAAAGGACGUUUUUGUGGAGACACACUUCCAGAUUCGAUCACGUCCACCGACAGUCAGCUGUGGGUUGAAUUUAGAAGCAGCAGCAGCUGGGUGGGAAAAGGCUUUUCAGCAGUCUACGAAGCGAUCUGUGGGGGAGAGGUAAAGCGUGACAGUGGACAAAUCCAGUCGCCUAAUUAUCCCGAUGACUACCAGUCGAACAAGAUGUGUGUGUGGAAAAUCACUGUAGAGGAGGGCUUCAAUGUCGGCCUUUCCUUUCAGUCAUUUGAAGUUGAGAGACAUGACAGCUGUGCGUACGACUACGUAGAGGUGAGGGACGGAGGCUCAGAGAGCAGCCCGCUGCUCGGACGAUUCUGUGGCUUCGACAAACCCAACGACAUCAAGAGCAGCUCCAACCAGCUGUGGCUGAAGUUUGUAUCAGAUGGAUCCGUCAACAAGGCCGGAUUUGCAGCCAACUUCUUUAAAGAGGUGGACGAGUGCUCCAGACCUGACAACGGCCACUGCCAGCAGCGCUGUCUGAACACGCUGGGCAGCUACAGAUGUGCCUGCAACCCCGGGUUUGAGCUGGCAGCAGACAGACGCAGCUGUGAGACAGCUGCCUGUGGUGGGUUCAUCACCAAGCUGAACGGUUCCCUCAGCACCCCAGGGUGGCCCAAAGAAUAUCCCCCAAACAAGAACUGUGUGUGGCAGCUGGUGGCGCCGAUUCAGUACCGAAUCACUCUAGUAUUUGAUGUCUUUGAGACGGAAGGAAACGAUGUCUGUAAAUACGAUUAUGUGGAGGUGCGCAGCGGACUGGACUCAGACUCGAAGCUUCAUGGGAAAUUCUGUGGAGCAGAGAAACCUGAGGUCAUCACUUCACAACAAAACAACAUGAGAAUAGAGUUCAAGUCUGACAACACGGUGUCCAAGAGGGGCUUCAAGGCUCACUUCUUCUCUGAUAUUGAUGAAUGCUCUAAAGAAAACGGAGGAUGCCAGCAUGAGUGUGUGAACACCUUUGGGAGCUACAGCUGUCAGUGCCGCAGCGGCUUCAUGCUGCACGAUAACAAACACGACUGCAAGGAAGCCGGCUGUGAUCACGUUGUAAACACAGUGUCAGGCACAAUAAGCAGCCCUAACUGGCCUGAUAGAUAUCCCAGCAAGAAGGCCUGUACGUGGUCUCUGUCCACGACCCCAGGCCAUCGUAUUAAACUGGUUUUCAAUGAAAUCGACAUGGAGGCUCAUCUGGAGUGUGCAUACGAUCACCUGGAGAUCUACGACGGACGAGACACGCAUGCACCAAGUCUUGGACGCUUCUGUGGCGCCAAAAAACCCUCUCCUGUCAUCUCCAGUGGAAACAAAAUGUACUUGCGUUUUUUCUCAGACAACUCAGUGCAGAAAAGAGGCUUUGAGGUCUCAUACAGAGCAGAAUGCGGAGGAAGCCUGAAAGCCGAGGUCAAGACAAAAGAUCUGUACUCUCACGCCCAGUUCGGAGAUAACAACUAUCCCAGUGGCUUGGACUGCCUGUGGGUGGUCACUGCAGAGAAGGGGUACGGGGUGGAGAUCAUCUUCCAAGUGUUUGAGAUCGAAGAGGAGGCGGACUGCGGCUACGAUUACGUGGAGCUGUAUGACGGCGCUGACGUCAAAUCUCCAAGGCUUGGGCGAUAUUGCGGCUCUGGGGCCCCAGAGGAGGUGUACUCUGCAGGGGAUGCCAUCAUCUUAAAGUUUCACUCAGACGACAGCAUCAAUAAAAAAGGUUUCCAUGUACGCUACACGAGCACAAAGUUUCAGGACACGUUACAUGAAAGCAAGUGACUCUUUACAAAUAUAUAAAUAAAUAUAUAUCCCAAAGCUAAAAGAAGAGCAGCCCUAACAUUUAGAGGGACACACCCCAUAUCCAGGCGAGGAGUGAAUGCAUGCAUCGACACCACAAACACCCACCCACAUACUUCACAUACACAUGAGGUAGAGUGGAGCCCUGCAGAGAAAACUGCAGCUUUACUCUGCUUUAUUUUAGAGCUUUAUAGAAUGAAAGGAGAGGAGUAGUUUGCAGUGAUUAUUUGAGUAAUUUCAGUGGCAGAUUAUGUCAUAGUGCUGUGUUGAAGAUAUAAAAUGUAUAUAUUGUGAUAUUGUUUGCUUUGUUUUUUUUUUAAAUCAUGUCAGAUGUUUCACUUUUUACCAUCUGAGAUUAAAAGUUUGAACACUU